GUAUAAAAAUAAAUAUAGCACGUUGUAUAAAUAAUUACAGUAGAUCUGUAAAUAACGAAAUAAAACACAAGUAGAGUUACUGGUGCUAUUAUACUAGAUCAAAAUGGUCAAUAAGGAAACGUUGGAUUUCACUCAAUUCGCAAAAUAUCUCAACAGCAGCCUUAUCGCUCCUACCAGCAAUGCGGUCCGAAACUGGGCAUUUUUUGCAUCAGCAGAAUCAAGUGCCUCUUCCCACAUGACCCCGCCUUCUCAUUCCGAGUUCAUGACGUUCACCCGCAUUGCCGAUAGCAUCUGGCGUGUUUUGACGGUGAGCGAUGCGACCGCCAAAGAAAAUAAUAAGCUGGGUGGGAACAGCACAUCGGGGGACCGCACGAUGUCCGUAUCUGCCACUGUCGCCGCUCAUUACCCUAGCAUUACAGUGGGACGCAUGAUGGUUUCAACCGAAGACCGAUGGCGUAUUCAGGCUCAGAUGCGCCGAGAGGAGGCAAAGAGCGGGCAGGCGCGAAAAGAAUAUAACAAAAAGGUUACUCGUGCAAUAAAGACCACUAAGGGUCCUCAGCCUGAGGGUUUUCCCCCAGGCCGCGGCCGCCCUGUAUAAACAUUAAACAAACCACAUGGGUAUAUUUUCCUUACUGUGUUUACAGUAGGGAAAGCAAUAGCAAAAUUUUUUAAAAAGGGAACAAAUAAAGAGUAGUGCAAUUUCACCGUUUCCCUCUCCAUACUCGAUUUUGGUGCAGAUGCAAAGUGCGUUUUCAAUGUCAGGAUCUAAGAUGACAUGAUUUAGGAUAUCUUAAGGGGGAGAAAAAA